AUGAGUGGUAAUAGUUUAUUUGUCAAGGAGGAAGAGGAAGAAGAAGAUUUUGAAGUUAAACAACCAGUAGAUAUGGAGGGUGAUAUUGACAUGAUACAGGAAGAAGAUGGUGUUGAACCCCAAUCUAUUAAUCUAGUUAAAGAGUCACAGGAUGAAGCAAAUAAUAAUAAAAACACUGUUAAAAAGGAGGCAGAGCAAAAAAGUAUAGAUAGCAAAAAAGAAGAGGAAGAAAAGGCAGAAGAAGAUUUAUCGCAAGAGGGAGACGAUCCGGACGAUCCUGUUAUAGAGGCUUAUCCAGUGUUUAUGGCAGGUAAGGAUGAAAAUCUGCAUAUAUUACAAUAUGUUAAUAAAGCCAAGUUAGUAGGUAAAAGAUUGGCAGAACAUCCACUUAUUUCUUCUGCAAGAUACAAAAAAGCAUCAAAACUUUGGGAAUUGGAUCUUCCAUUAGAUGAAGAAGCCUUUUUCAGUAAAUAUAAAGCUGAAGAAAAAUGGGAUGGUGUUGAAGUACAGACUUUGAAGGGGGUUGGUGUACCUAAUGAGGGUCAAUAUAUUGCAUUUAUUAAAAAGAAAAAAAUAUACCUUGCACCUGUCAAAGAUGUUUCACAGUUAAGACCAUAUUUCAAAUAUAUCGAUGCAAGUGUCCAAAAAAGUAAAAAAGAGGAAUUAAAACAGAAUCAAAAUGCAGCAGCUUCUCAAAAGGCUCAAAUGGUUACAAUGUCAGUAAAAAGUGUCAAUGAUCCAACCCAAAACAGAUUAACUGGAUCUCUUUUGGCUCAUAAGAUAGCAGAUGAAGAAGAACCUAAGGAAUUACAAUGGAUCGAAGGUACUGUUGAUCAAUUUCAAGAAACUUUAAUAAAAGAAUCUCAUGAACACGAAUUGAAACCAAUUGAUAAUAAAGAGAGCUAUAUCUCUAAAUUAUUCCCUUGA